CCUCGGGAGCCCUGAGAAGACACAGGGACCGCCCAGCUGCUAACGUUGAUGCAAAAGAACAGAGGUGCCAUAUAUCUUGCCUUUUGCAUAUGCCUGAAGGACAAGGUUCACCCCUGAAAUGCAAUCCAAUAAAUGUGAACUUGGAAAGACAGAUAAAUGUGCCUUACGUAUUAACAGAAGAGGAAAAAAGAACCUUCAGAGAAUGUGGUAGAGAGAGCUUCUUGUACAGAUCCCUUCCUUUUUCUGCUGUUAGCAUGAUGGUCACUCAGAUGUUAAUUCAGAAAGGAGUUCUUACAACUCAUACAAGGUUCGGCUCAUUACCAAAAGUUGCAUUUGCUGGCUUCAUAGGGUACAUCGGAGGAAAGUUUUCCUAUGUGAGUAAAUGCCAGGAGAAGUUUAAGCAGCUAGAGAAUUCACCACUGGGAGAAAUGCUGAGAAAAGGUAGAACAGUUCCACAUGAAUAUAACUCCCAGCAAUCAGGAUUUUCAAAGGUGCCAUCACCUUCAGAAAGUGCUCCAGCAUCAGUAGCAGAACCAUCAUGGUCUUCCAAUUACCCUGCUGAUAAUUAUGAAAUGGCAGACUUGAACUCCAAAUAUGAACCAGUCCCAUUUAGUUCUUCUAUGAAUGAAUCUAGUCCUACUGGAAUAACAGAUAGUGUGCCUCAAGAAUCUGAACCAUCUUCUGAAGAAGUUCCAAAAAAGAGAGGAAUCACAUAUGAAGAACUCAGGCGCAGAAAUAGAGAGAUGUAUGAGGCAGGAAUAAUGCAAAAGUCAGGCCUUCCAUCAAAGUCAUCUCAAGGAAAAGUCAACAAGUAUGGAGAUGCUUGGGAAGAGUGAAAGAUCGUUAUCUUCUGAAGACCUCUCUUCAAUCAAAUAAGUUAUAUAAGUGUUGGUCAGCUAUCUGAAUGUUCAGCUGUACUCUGUGGAAUACACAUGUAUUGCAAUAAAAGCAUUUAAGCCUUCA